ACAUCUGUGGUCUGUCUCGACUGCGACUGCGGAUUCAUCGAAGAAAUUGAACACCCGCCGCGCUCAGUCCACCUCGACCCUUGCCGUCGUCGCUUCCCUGCUGCCGCCAUGUACAUGAUCGGCCAACGCCCUGCCUCCGACAACGUUGUCCGUCCCUUCCUGCGCCGCACCCGCCACAACGGUGGUGACCGCUCCCCCUUCAACCCCGUUAUCGUCCUCCGCGGCAGCGCAGCUGCCACCUCCGCUACCAACGAGGAGGAAAGUCGAGGCUUUGAGCUCUUCUACGACGAUGGUGCCGGUUCUGGCUUGAGACCCUUGCCUCCGAGCAUGUCAGAGUUUCUACUCGGAUUUGGAUUCGAUAGGUUUCUGGAGCAACUGUCUCAGAUUGAGAUCAACGGUAUUGGAAGGUAUGAGCACCCUCCUGCGUCAAAAGCAGCCAUAGAUUCCUUACGAACCAUCGAUAUUGAUAACACUCACUUAGCCAUGGAAUCACAUUGUGCGGUGUGCAAAGAAGCUUUUGAAUUAGGUACCACGGUGAGGGAAAUGCCGUGUAAGCAUAUAUAUCACCCUGAAUGCAUCUUACCAUGGCUAGCUUCAAAGUUACACGUUUUCCCUCUCUUCUUCUACGACAAUGGAGCUGUGGUGGCGGGCGUUGAAGCCGUGAUGGUGGUGGUGUGA